GUGCUGAUCGGGCAACACAGAUACCAUCACAUCGAAAAGCAGCAAAAUUCUGUUGGUAAACAUACGCAAGAAGAAGUCGAAGUCUGGCAAAUUAAUGCGCCAGCAUGCAAGCGCAACCAGUUGAUUGCAAUUCCCUGGAUAUAGUGAACCUGGCGGAAACCUUCUGAAUGGAUUCACAGCCGAUUCGCAGUGAGAAGCGAGAAAUAAGCACCUGCAGUUGCUGUUGAGUCAUCAGCUUUUAGCCAAAUAGCCAAAAAAAAACAAGGCCAGCAGUCGUUAGAACCACCCAACCUGCUGACCAGGUAGGACGACAAAGGUAGCCCCAGGUGAGCCACAGGUGAGAGGCGUAGUCUUCGACGAGGAUGGCGUAAGCCGAUCCAACGAGCCACCAACACCCCAUCGCCAAAUAAUCAGCGCGCACAUACACACACGCACACCACCCCAGCCCAGUAACCCCAAAAACCAACCCAUUGCGGCACUAGCCCCAAUGGAGGACUACAAGUUCCUGUUCAAAAUCGUCCUGGUGGGCAAUGCGGGCGUGGGCAAGACCUGCCUGGUGCGCCGCUUCACCCAGGGCCUGUUUCCGCCUGGGCAGGGAGCCACCAUCGGCGUGGACUUCAUGAUCAAGACGGUGGAGGUGGAGGGCGAGAAGAUCAAGCUGCAGAUCUGGGACACUGCCGGCCAGGAGCGUUUCCGCUCCAUCACGCAGAGCUACUAUCGAUCAGCCCACGCCCUGAUCCUCGUCUACGACAUCAGCUGCCAACCCACGUUCGACUGCCUGCCCGAUUGGCUGCGCGAGAUCCAGGAGUAUGCGAACUCCAAGGUGCUCAAGAUUCUGGUGGGGAACAAGACGGACCGGGAUGACCGCGAAAUACCCACCCAGAUUGGCGAGGAGUUUGCCAAACAACACGACAUGUACUUCCUGGAGACGUCCGCCAAGGAGGCGGAGAACGUGGAGCGGCUGUUCUACGAGAUAGCCGCCGAAUUGAUUGGACAGGCCAGGAGCAAGGAUGGCAGUGGUUCGGCUGCGGCGGCGGCCGCCCAGCGCCAGUCGGAGGGCAGCUCCAUCGGGCUGGGGAGCUUCAGUGCCAAGGCAGCGCAGAGCAAUUGCUGCGGCGGACUCGCCAGCGGCGGUGGCGGCGGCUCCAACUCUAGUCAAGUGGGUUGAGCUGCAAACUGGACUGGAAACUGAGCAGCUACUCUAUAAAUAGUUAAGGACUAAUCGUGAUAUUUCAUUGAUUUUUUACCAUCAAGCUCCUCUAUUCUAACACCUAUUUUUCAUUUGUCAAACGACCUUGAUUACCGAUUAUCACGAUUAAGAUUACAUCUGAGGUGAAUAUACCUCAUGUUGAUGAUUUAAUACCUUAACUU